GGCUCCUUUCGUGUGCUGCUCUCAUCUGGAUUGAAGCUACAGUUGUGUGGUAUUUAGCACUGAACAUGCGGAAUUGUGGUUAAUACAUUGUGGUUUUAAACAGUCUGAUCAAAAUAAUGUCACGACAAGUUAUAUUUCAAUGUGCUGUUUAGGACGGCAAUGAAAUAAUAGCACUUUUUACCACAUUGUCUCAAGAAUCACGUUAGCUACUAACAUGCUAAUUUUCAAGCAUCGGCGGCACUUGCGUUUUGGCUAGUUUUAGUUGACACAUCGUAUGUCAAGGGUUUGCCUUUAAUGUUAGUUUUUCCAAGGGGACUUCGUACUGUUGGGAAGCUGGAAAGAUGAUGCGAAGACCCAGAACAACCACUGCUAAAGAAGUGCAGUAUAAAGAUCUAGACUCUGAUCUAUCCUUUACUCAAACCAUGAGUGAAGAGGAGAGUGAAGAGUGGAUGCCAUCAAAGUCAAGAUCUAAGGCUCCCCGUAAACCUGUAGUCACAAAAGCAAAAUCAAAGGAACCCAAAGUCCCUAAAGUGUCCAAGGAACCAAAGCCAAAGGUCCCCAGAAAACCUCCUGUAAAACGCAAACUGGACACUCCCAAGACUAGUCAGCCUCGUGAAGGUACUGGGUUACUUCAGACAAAACGAACAAGAACUGAUACUGAGAAAAGUAAUACUACUGUCCAGUAUCAAAAUGAACAGACAACAGCUGAUGGCCUCAAAGGUGAGAAGUCAGAUGAACCUAGGCCAGCCAAAAUGAAGCAAGAGCGACUGUCAUUCGCUGUGUCAGAAGCCCAUCAGGAGAACAGAUUUGUAGAGGAAGGGCCAUCAUCUCUUGACUAUUCUGUAAAGAAAGAACAACAAGAAGAUUUCACAUUUGAAGAUCCUUGUGUAUUGAAGCAGGUGAUAAGUGGCCAGCAACUUCCAGGCAUUUUACGAUCUCCUCUAGCCAAGUCUUUGAGGAAUCAGCUCAACAUGAAUUGGGAUCUAAUAGAGGUUUUGUCCACUCUGACGAGUGUGGAGCGGUGGGUUUGUGUGAAUAUUGUGACACUACUGCAGGAGGAGAACACAGUGCCUUUUAUGGUCCGUUAUCGCAAAGAUAUGAUUAAUCACAUGGAUGCUGAUGCUGUUAGGGAUGUACAGUUGGUUUAUGAGGACUUAUGUGCAUUGGCUAAGAAGAUUCAAUCUAUGAUUCAGACCCUGAAGAAAGAUGGGAAUUUGACAGCGGAGCUUGAGCAAAACCUAAGAAACUGUAGAUCUGCAGAUGAACUGGAUCAUCUGUAUACUCCAUACAAAAAAGGCAGUAAAUUAACAAAGGCUCGCAGGGCUAAAGCACUUGGUCUUGAAGAGGCUGCUUCUACCCUUUUGGAAAGCCCACACAUGUUGAACUUGCAUAAAUGGGUUCAGCCUGGUACUGAGGGCCUUUCAACUGUUGGAGAAGUAGCCACUGGAGUUGAGCAUAUAUUGGCUGAUAUGAUGGCCAAAGACCCUGACACCUUAACUUAUGUGAAAGACCUGUGUGAGAAAAGCCACAUCACAAUUCAGUCAACUGUGUCUAAAACUGCACUAAAAGACAAAGAGCCAAAUCAUUCAAAGCCUGGGUUACAACAAAACAAAAAACAAGACAUGGACAAAUUCAGCCUUUAUUUUGACUUCACCUGCAGCAUUCAGCGCAUCCAGCCUCACCAGACGCUGGCGAUUAAUCGAGGGGAGAGUCUGAAAAUACUGUCAGUGAAGAUGAACAUCCCUGACAGAGUGAAGACUGACUUCACUACGUGGUGUAUUAACAACAGAUGGAGAUCAAAGACCUUUGCCAGUGAGGAGAUCCGAGUUAUCAUUAAGAAUGCAGUAGAGGACUCUUAUAAGAGACUCAUUUUGCCUUUCCUAACCAGAUGUUACAGGACCAAACUUACAACGUCAGCAGAGAAAGAGUCUAUUGCUAUGUUUGUUCGUAAUCUCCGCCAGCGUCUCCUGGCUGGACCAGUCCGGGGCUGUGUGCUUAUGGGUGUGGACCCAGGAUUCAAACACGGCUGUAAGGUGGCAAUCCUAUCCCCUACAAGUCAAAUUCUCCAUACUGAUGUGUUCUACCUGCACAAUUCUGGCAAGAACCAAGAAGCUGAAAAGCUGCGCCACCUUCUGAUUAAAUAUGGGUGUACAAAGAUUGUGAUUGGCAAUGGGACAGCAUGUCGUGAAACAGAGUCAUUCUUUACUGAUCUCAUCUCCAGACAUUACUUCCACCCUUUGGAUGUAUCCUACUGUAUAACCAAUGAGGCAGGAGCUUCAAUCUACAGUGUCAGUCCUGAGGCUGUCAAAGAAAUGCCAGACCUGGAUCCUAAUCUAAGGAGUGCAGUGUCUAUUGGACGACGAGUUCAAGAUCCAAUGGCUGAGCUUGUGAAAAUUGAUCCUAAACACAUUGGCAUUGGCACAUACCAACAUGACGUAUCAGCUGGAGCCCUGAAAGCGGCUUUAGAUGGUGUGGUCCAGGAGUGUGUGAGUUUUGUCGGAGUGGACAUCAACAUCUGCUCUGAGACACUGAUGAGGCAUGUGGCUGGGCUUAAUGCUGGUAGAGCUAGAAACAUCACUGAGUGGAGGGAACAAAAUGGACCCUUUAUCAACAGAGAGCAGCUCAAACUGGUCAAAGGAAUGGGCCCCAAGUCCUUCCAGCAGUGCGCCGGCUUCAUAAGGAUCAACCCUCAAACUCUGGAGAGCUCCUUACCUCAGUCCAGAACAGGGAUCCCAGAGAAAACAAGCACAAAGAAGGGUAAAGGAAAGAGCUGUGUUGCCGUCUCAACCACUGUUAAUCCAAUGGACCAGACCUGCAUCCAUCCCGAGUCCUACCAUGUAGCGCAGAGAUUCCUCUCCCUUGUGGGUGCUACUGCCGACCAGAUUGGGACUGUAAAACUGUCACAAUGUGUGGACAACACAGUCAAGAGCAGCAGUGUGGAGGAGCUGGCCAGGACCAUGGACACGAGCCCUGAGACGCUCAAACUCAUCAUAGACGGGCUCACACAACCCCCAGGCUUUGACAUACGACAAAACUUCAGGCAGGCGGACUUUAAGCGCGGCGUAGUGUCCAUGAAUGACCUGCAGGUGGGGGCGGUGCUGACGGGACGGGUGGACAACACUGCUCUGUUUGGGGCGUUUGUUGAUAUCGGUGUGGGACGCUCCGGACUCAUCCACAAAAGCAAAAUCACCCUGGAUAAGCUGCCCCCGAGCCAACGGCGCCGCAGCCUGGUCCUAGGGCCUGGGGAGAGGGUGGAGGUCCGGGUACUUAACGUGGACCAGCAGAGAGGGCGCAUUGGACUGGACCUAAUAAGGGUACUGCAAUAGUUUAACAUUACACUAUUCAUGAUGCAAAACUCGACCAAAACCAAGAUUUCUUAGGUGCACUGCGCAACUUCUCAGCAGGGUCCACCAACUGCUUGUUCCCAUGAAGAUUGCCUGGAGUGUUCCACAGGAAGGCAUUAAUCUCUGGAGAUGCACUGGUCAGAUCUGUGGACAGGCAAACUCACACACACACUAAAAAUGCAUAAAUAAAUAAAACAAUAAAAACACACCUAAUGAAAUAAAUACAAGACAAGGCAAACCAAACAUCUCCAUUGAUGCAAGCAUGUGGACCCCCACCAUAAAAGUUUCAUAAUGUCCCUUUAAAUCUAGUUCAUUUUUUUGUAUAUCAUUUAUAAUUUUUUUGUUGAUAGAUAAAAUUUUGUAUUGUUUAUACUAAUGUAAAAUAAAAAAGCCAAUGCGUA